AAACAUACCGUCCUGAUCAUGCCUGAAACCACCGUCAAAGCGCCCAAGAAGGGCUCAAAGAAAGCCGUGUCUAAGAGCGUCAGCAAGAGCGGCAAGAAAAAGAGGAGGACCAGGAAGGAGAGCUACGCCAUCUACGUGUACAAGGUGCUGAAGCAGGUCCACCCCGACACCGGCAUCUCGUCCAAGGCUAUGGGCAUCAUGAACUCGUUUGUGAGCGACAUCUUUGAGCGCAUCGCCGGUGAGGCCUCUCGUCUGGCUCACUACAACAAGCGCUCCACCAUCACUUCCAGGGAGAUCCAGACCGCCGUCCGCCUGCUGCUGCCCGGUGAGCUGGCAAAGCACGCUGUGUCUGAGGGCACCAAGGCCGUCACCAAGUACACCAGCUCCAAGUAGACAGUCCUGCUCUUAAUCCAAAACAACGGCUCUUUUAAGAGCCACCCACUUUAUCUGAAGACUUUCCAAAGAUGAGUAAUAUGCAUUUGCUGAAGAUCAUUGAACACCAUAUAAUUAAGGGACUACAAUAAGCAGCAUUUUCUAUGUAUAUCCAUUGUAACUAUUCUGUGAAUUGUUACUGAUCCAAUAUUGCCUGUGAUCAAUGCAGCAUUAAUAAAAUUAAAACUAUAAUGUUCCAU